GUGAUGGAUCUGCUUGACGUUGGCCUGCAAGAACUUAUGCAAUACGAGGAUGCUCCGGAGAAGAACACCAUGUCUGAAAUGAUGUUGUUGUUUCUGAAGCUUUUGUCUGUGGUGGCCGACAAGGAGGCAGAUUUCAUGUUUUGCGUUUCUGAGUGCAGCCGACCACUUCUUGUCACAAAUCUGCACGUGCUUCUGCAGAUGUGUAGUCCAAAGACGUUGCAACCAGACUAUGUAACUACGCUUUCCAGCUACCUCAUAUUCAACCGGUGGUUACCUUCGCACUGUCUUUACGUCGUCAGGUUGAUUCGCUACCUUUCUUCGAACAUUCCGAAGGCCCGCCUUCUUAACUAUUUCGUUUCUUCGAGGAUAGUUUCACGGAACACUUUGUUUGGCUUCUCGUCCUGCCUAGAACUGGACGAAGUGGAUGCGGUUGUAGACUCAGAAAUCUCUCAGGAUAUUGAAGACAUUCCAGUUGACUCUCAUGCCGUUGCCAGAAUUCGUGGCCUGCUCGCGUUGGAAAUAAUUGAAAUGCUCUGUGAGUGCUUCAGACCGUUCUAUGAUCAUACCUGCAACUUGGGUCAUUUCCUGUGUGGUUUCGACUUUAUAACGACUGAACAAACUGUGCUACAGAAUCCUGGUGUUCGAAACAAUCAGAGGACGUGCCUGCACUGCGUUUUGCAUAUUCUAAACUCUGCGCUUGGGGAGGAUCUGCGGACGUUGUCUUUUGGAAUGUUGGUCGAACCAUCGUAUCGGCUACUAUACUGGCUAGCUUGCGGAUCGAUGACGUCUGAUCCGCUUUUGCGCUACCUUCGUACGGUGGACGACUUCAUUUUCAGACACACGUCACAGUUUCCCAUUGAAAUCUUCCGGAAGAAGGGCGAAUUAGACUUUUCGACACUCGUCAUGCACGACUGCUUGGGAUGGAUCAUGAAACUGUGCGCUGUUGAACUGAAAUGUUUGCUCGACGGUGGCCAAAAGUCGCAGAGCGACCGUUUUUUCCCGUUACUGACGGAACUUGAAUGCGAGGGAGGAGACAUUCUGCCAUAUACGGGAGCGCAGCCAGAAGAAGCAGGUUCUUUGGCACUUGCCGACGAUAACUACGAAUAUCACACUGAACCACGACUUCUUGCUUUCCUCGACCCCUCGGUCAUUGCGGAGUCCACUUUCUCGCCGGUCAGCCUAAAAUAUUUCAACGGAACAAAGCUGUCUCAGCUCAUCGCUGCAUGUACGUUACCGACCACAAAGGGUUACAUGCAAUGUGACGUCAGCCGCUUGCACGAUCUUUUGUCUUCCGAAACGUCAUGUCUGAAGAGCGUGGGAAUGGAAGACCAAAUUCAGGAAGUGACCAAGGAAAGCGAUGCCAUUUUACAAUCGGUGGCCGUCUACAACAGGUGUCAGCAGACGAACUACGUACGGAGAAUGUGCUUUGAUGGAUGGCGCCAGCUAGCGGAAGUCAUAUUUCUGUCGCUUUCCAUCGAAAACUGCAGCACGCAACGGCAGAUCAGUUUUGUGACCACUUUGAUCAAUCGACUUCUCUCAAAGGAUCUUUCGGGUCUUUACGUGCCUUUGGCAAAAGUGCUGUUCAUAAUGGUCGUUGCGAUACAAAAACUGACCAUCUCAGGUACCGAAGUGCCACCAAUUUCUCUGCUGUCCAUGCUUGGCGAAGAUGACACCCUGGCAACUGCAAAAAGCGGCAUAACCGUGACAUUUCCGUUUCUGGAGAGUUUCAGUGUUCCACUGACGACCGAUUUCAACGGCCGUCUGCUUUGUAAGGCGUGGCAGCGAAUUCUUAUGACAUUGAUUAAACCUGGUAGGUCGUUUAUUUUUUCGAGGCAAAGGUUGUUCAUUCGAUUGAGCUUCUCACUCACAAUCUAAAG